UCCCCGGGCCGCCCGCGGCGAUGUUCAACCGCGCGGUGAGCCGGCUGAGCAGAAAGAGGCCGCCGUCAGACAUCCACGACGGGGAUGGGAGUUCCAGCAGCAGCCACCAGACCCUCAAAAGCACGACCAAGUGGGCGGCCUCCCUGGAGAAUCUGCUCGAAGACCCAGAAGGCGUGAAAAGAUUUAGGGAGUUUCUAAAAAAGGAAUUCAGUGAAGAAAAUGUUUUGUUUUGGCUAGCGUGUGAAGAUUUUAAGAAGACACAAGAUAAGAAACAGAUGCAGGAAAAGGCCAAGGAGAUCUACAUGACCUUCCUGUCCAGUAAGGCCUCAUCCCAAGUCAACGUGGAGGGCCAGUCCCGGCUCAAUGAGAAGAUUCUGGAAGAGCCACACCCUCUGAUGUUCCAGAAACUCCAGGACCAGAUCUUCAAUCUUAUGAAGUAUGACAGCUACAGCCGCUUCUUAAAGUCUGACUUCUUCUUAAAACACAAGCGGACCGAGGAAGAGGAGGAAGACCCGCCCGAUGCCCAAACUGCGGCUAAAAGAGCUUCAAGAAUUUACAACACAUGAGCCCCUGGAAGGCCAGAGCCGCCGCUUGAAGGAGCAGAGGGACUCCCUGUCGGGCCCAGCUGGGCUGAUAGUUGCUUUGUUUGCGAGGACUGAAGCGUGCACCACCCUUCCACGGGAUCUCUGUAUUUUAUUAACUGCUUGACCAGUAAGUUUUGCAUGAUGGCUAAUCUUCCAUAAAAAAA